GAAGGCCUUGUGUACAAGUCUUCGCUCCCAUUCAUGUAGAGUGCUGAGCUGUAGCAGCCAUCGCAGAGUCCAGACGCUCCACAUCUUCGUUAAAGCAGAGAGCCUCGCCCUCCCAGACAGAAAGAAAGUUGACUUUACUUUAGAGCAGCCACCAUGGCAGAAGCUCAUCAGGCGGUGGCCUUUCAGUUCACUGUCAGCCCUGAUGGCAUCGACCUACAUCUGUGCCACGAGGCUCUACGCCAGGUCUACCUCUCUGGCCUCCACUCCUGGAAGAAAAGGUUCGUUCGCUUCAAGAAUGGGGUGAUGACUGGUGUGUACCCGGGCAGCCCGGGUGGGUUCAUGGUAGUGGUCGUGUCAUACAUGUCAUACAACAAAUACAAACAAUUGGAUCCUUCUAUGGGAUUGAUUGCCAGACUUGGCCAACACAUACCUAUCAGCCGAUACAUGUCCACAGAUAGCCAGAGGAUACUUGGAGGGGUUCUGGUGGGUACGGGCCUCUGGGUCACCAUCAUAAUGAUCAUGAGGAAUGUUCUGAAGAGCCUGCUGUCAUGGCACGGCUGGAUGGAGUCACGCCACGGCUCUCUGCCUUUUGGUACUCGUUUGUGGCUGAUAUUGGUGAAGGUGUUCUCUGGCAGAAAGCCAUUGCUCUACAGUUUCCAGAACUCUCUCCCUCGGCUACCUCUUCCCACUGUCGAGGACACAUGCAGAAGGUACCUGGAGUCGGUGCGCCCACUGAUGGAUGACGAGCAGUUUGAAAGGAUGAAGGCCUUGUCAAAAGACUUUGAGAAGAAUCUGGGACCCAGGGUGCAGUGGUACCUCAAACUCAAGUCCUGGUGGGCAUCCAACUAUGUUAGUGACUGGUGGGAAGAGUAUAUUUACCUGAGAGGCCGUGGACCCAUCAUGGUCAACAGCAACUAUUAUGCCAUGGACUUUUUGUACGUGUUCCCCACGUCCAGCCAGGCUGCCCGGGCAGGUAAUGCUGUUCAUUCCAUCAUGCUCUACAGGAGAAAACUGGACAGAGCUCAGAUCAAACCAAUAUACUUGCUGGCCAACAAGGUACCUCUGUGUUCUGCUCAGUGGGAGCGAAUGUUUAACACCUCCCGCAUCCCUGGUGUGGAGACAGAUACACUCCAGCACAUGAACGAGAGCAAACACAUUGCUGUGUACCAUAAGGGCCGUUUCUUCAAAGUGUGGAUGUUUUACGAUGGACGGCUGCUGUUGCCACGGGAGAUCGAGCAGCAGAUGGAGAGGAUCUUGGCAGAUAAGUCUGAGCCGAUGCCAGGAGAGGAGAAACUAGCUGCACUUACUGCAGGAGAAAGGACCCCAUGGGCAAAGGCCCGAGAGCAGUUCUUCAAAAGCGGUAAAAACAAGCAGUCCCUGGAUGCCAUCGAGAAGGCGGCCUUCUUUGUAAGCCUUGAUGACACCGAGCAGCGUUACGAUCUAAACAACCAAGUCAAGUCUCUGGACAGUUACGCCAAGUCCCUGCUCCAUGGAAAGUGCUAUGACAGGUGGUUUGAUAAGUCCUUCAAUCUGAUUGUCUACAAAAACGGCACCAUGGGACUGAACGCAGAGCACUCCUGGGCUGAUGCUCCAAUCGUUGGUCAUCUGUGGGAGCAUGUUCUGUCCAUGGAUCCUAAGCUGGGCUAUACUGAGGAUGGUCACUGCCAAGGGAACCCUCACCCAAACCUUCCUGGUCCCCAGAGGCUGCAAUGGGACAUCUCCACAGAGUGUCAGGAGACCAUCGAGAGCUCACUGACAGUAGCCAGGGCUCUGGCAGAUGAUGUGGACUGCCACAUAAUCCCUUUCGAUGACUUUGGAAAGGGGCUGAUUAAGAAGUGCCGCACCAGUCCAGACGCCUUCAUCCAGAUUGCCUUGCAGCUGGCCCAUUACAGAGACAAAGGGAAGUUCUGCCUGACAUAUGAAGCCUCCAUGACACGGCUCUUCCGUGAGGGUCGAACAGAAACCGUGCGUUCCUGCACCAUAGAGACCUGUGACUUUGUUCGUUCCAUGAUCAGACAGGAGACAAGAGAAGAGCGCCUCAAGUUACUUAAAGUGGCAGCAGAGAAACACCAAAACAUGUACCGCUUGGCAAUGACAGGGCAGGGCAUCGAUCGGCACCUUUUCUGUCUCUAUGUGGUUUCUAAAUACCUUGGAGAGGAAUCACCCUUCCUCAAGAAGGUCUUGUCUGAGCCAUGGAGGUUGUCCACCAGUCAGACCCCUCUACAGCAGGUUGAGUUGUUUGAUCUGGCCAGACAUCCAGAGUUGGUGUCCUCUGGAGGCGGAUUCGGUCCAGUGGCUGAUGAUGGGUAUGGUGUCUCCUACAUCAUCCUCGGUGAAGAGCUCAUCAACUUUCACAUCUCCAGCAAAUACUCAAGUCCAGAAACUGAUUCACGUCGUUUUGGUGACAACAUCAAACAGUCCAUGCUGGACAUACUGGAUCUCUUCCAGCUAGGGAAGACGGUGCCCAAGUGAUGAUUUUCACCAUGUUUUUUUUUUUUUCAGGUUUUCUGAUUUAUCAAAUCUUCCUGUAGAUUGUACAGAAUCACUUUGUGGAAUUGGGAUUUCUAUGUUAAUUAAUGUUACAUAAAUAAGGAAGGCAUUAAAAUGAGUCACUGUCAAUAUGUUGUGUAGAGAUUUGCGUGUACAGAUUGGUUUAGGCGAGCCUCCAGCACAGGUGGUGUGCAGAUCAAAGUAUGUACUUGCGAAACUGAACUUUAGCGGUGCCUUAGUGACCCACUAAUGUAAAAGAAAAAAGGGGCGGACAUUCUAGUUUGGGAACAAAUCUGUGCUCUAACACUGAAUAAUAUUCUGGUUGAAGAUUUGUUCAGUAGCAUCAUCCAAUUUUUAAUGAUGUUUUAAGUUGUAAGAUGGUGCACUACUUUUAUUAGUUUCCACCCUGUGCAUGUGGGGAUCAUCUGCUUCCUGCUGUUGCAGCUCUUGACUCACCAUUACUGACUCAAACGGCAAACGUGAUGUUAAAUAUCAGCUCGUUUUUAGGUUACACAGUGUCCACCUAUUUCACUUGGUCCAGCAGGUUAGAUGAAAGUAGAUUCUCCUGGUGGUGAAAUUGUAUAUCUGUAAUCACAAGAAUCAUAGAUGGGAAGCUUUGAUCUGAUGUGUAACUCUGUGUCAGUGUGAUUCUGAACAAAACGCAAGACAGGAAACGGGUGCCACUGUCUAUUCUCCAUGGCCUUUCUGUACAGUCUGUUCAGUUUUAGCUGCUAUGAUUUUUAUGAGGUUGCCAUGAAAGCUGUUCUGAUGUGUGCGUUUCAUUUUCAUACUCAGGUUUUGCUAAGCUACCCUGUUAUCAUAAGGUGCUUUCGGCAGCGCUCAUUCUGGUUUCUGCGGAUGAUGAUCCUGUUAAGUUUGUCGUUGGUAUAAAGUAAAGUUUGUUUGAGAGUGAGAACUGGAAUAACAUAAGAGGGGAGGAAACUCGACACCAUAUGCUUAACUGUAACUUUUUAUUCUGAUUAUUUAAGAAAAUAAUCUUUGAGAUGAUUUGUGAACUUUCAUGGGCGAUGUGUUGAUGUGUUGGUUGGUGGUAGUUGUACGGCUGUUGUUGCCUCGUCGAAGUGUUUCAGAACCAUAGCAGCUUGUUGGUCUCCAGGACUGUAGGAAAACUGAAGUUUCUCUCGAAUAAACUCUCAAAAAUGUUAGAUUAAAGUUGGGGUUUUUAUUUAUAUGUUGUCAAUCCAUUAUGGUUUUUAAUUUGUUUUUGUUUUGUUUAAACCUUCCUAUUUCACACAAACAGUGCAUAUUUACCAGCUGAAUGUGGUGAAUGAUGAGCACUAAGUUAAAGCUUGUUUUGAUCUAUGAAGAUAAGUCAUUUUUUGAACAUGACAUUUUUGUUAUCGUACUUUGCCAGUCUGUCGUAGUUUGACUUUUUAUCUCAGUAGAUCUCAUGUUUACACUGCUGCAUGUUAUUUGAAGAUGAAGCUGUACAUGUUUGCCUUUUAAUUUAAAGUUGUGUAAAAAGACAAGCAGCUGAUAUACCAAACAAAGUUUUAACAAUAAAGUGAAUGUCAGAUAGCUGUA